AUAUACUGUAGUUCACGCGAGGAUCCCGCAGGAUGGUCGCUCACGCCAUCAAACUUGGUGUCAUGACUACACUGAACUCUGUUAUUCGCUGAACAAGACAAGACCAACCGGAUGUGGCUGUUCGUCCAAUCAUAUCACAGAAAUGCACCAAUGCCAAACUAUAUACGACUCGGUGAUGCCACAUAACAACACUCUGGCUUGCCCACCGAAUGAGAAAGUCUCACUUAUUGCCAAAAUGGCUGGCUUUUCGACAGCCAAUUCGAUGAAUUCGUUCGCGUUUUCAAACUGUGGUUCUAGCAAAUGCACUGAUACCUUGCCUGACUCCGGAUGCCAUGGGGCUCUAUAUUGUAUCAACCAGGGCAACAGAGAUGUGUUUACACUAUGUACUGACCCUGAAAGUAAUUUCGUAGUUGAAGACAAAGGUUAUACAACACAUAAAGGUGUAAACUACCUUGCUUUGUAUGUAAAGCCUUUGAAUACGAGCUCAAGACAUGAAAAUUGGUGUCGGGAUUACCAGAGACUUUGUGAGUCAUACGGAAAACGGCCUACGGGUUGCGGGAUUGCGUAUAGCGGAGAUACGAGCUAUUCAAGUUGCAGAGAUGAAUAUUUAUCUAUUAUGCCGGUUACGAAUGAGUUAGGAUGUGGAAACAAUAUGGACAAAGUUGCCAGCAUGGCCCAAAAUGCCGGGAUGCCGUCGACAACAGAAAGUUUCAACUUUCAUAUUUGUGGUAGUUCUUGUAACAAAGAUUUUCCCGUCUGUGGGGCUUUAAAAUGUUUACAAUACACUCAUUAUACUUAUCAUGCUUUAUGUACAGGACCUUUGACCAGUUUUACUGUGUUGGAAGAACGCUGGACAGUCUUUAAUAAUAUUAACUUUUUAGUGAUCAAAGCAAGACUACCGCGCGAUAGAAAAUCAACUCAAGAAGAUUGGUGUCGAGAUUACACAAAACUUUGCGAAUCUUAUGGACUGCGAGCGACUGGAACUGACAUCAUACAAGAUCAUGAAUACACUUCCUGUAGGGAUAAAUAUGGAUCCGUAAUGAUAGAUGGGGUUUUCUUUGGAUCAACACCUCAAUCCAGGAUUGCAAGCAUUGCUCAACAAGCACGGUUUGCCUCAGCUAAUACGGAUAAUUCAUUUGGAUUGGAUAAGUGUACGCGGUGUCCGACGGUUUUGACAAUUUCAAACUGUGAAGGACUAGGGUGUAUUAAACCCUCGCGACACGACGACGUAUACACGGUGUGUGUCAAGCCACAGUCAAUGUUUGAUAUUUUGGAAAGAAAAACAACAACAUACAAUAAGAAAGCUUAUCUUGUAAUGAAAGCGAAAGUUAUGGGAGGCGAUGUAUCCAACUGGGCUGAAGAAUAUUCUAAAACAUGCUCGCAUUAUGGUCGCCGAAAUCUCGCGUGUAAGAAUAUGCAAAAUACAGCACCAGAAACAACAACCUAUAUGCCAAUGAGUAGUACUGUUCAAUAUACCCAAUAUAACUCACCAAGAACAACAAUCUAUACACCGACGAGUAGUACUGUUGAAUAUUCCCAAUCCAACUCACCAGAUCGCACAACAACCUAUACACCGACGUAUAGUACUGUCCAAUAUUACCAAUCUAACUCACCAGAAACAACAACCUAUGCACCGACGAGUAGUACUGUUAAAUAUUCUCAAUCGAACUCACCAGAAACAACAACCUAUACACCGACGUAUAGUACUGUCCAAUAUUACCAAUUUAACUCACCAGACACAACAACCUAUGCACCGACGAGUAGUGCCGUUGAAUAUUCCCAAUCUAACUCACCGGAAACAACAACCUAUGCACCGACGCGUACUAUUGCUGAAUAUUCCCAAUCUAACUCACCAGAAACAACAGCCUAUGCACCGACGAAUAGUACUGUUAAAUAUUCGCAAUCCAACUCACCAGAAACAACAACCUAUGCACCCACAAAUAGUACUGUUGAAUAUUCCCAAUCCAACUCACCGGAAACAACAACCUAUGCACCGACGAAUAGUGCUGUUGAAUAUUCCCAAUCCAACUCACCAGAAACAACAACAUAUGCACCGACGAGUAGUACCGUUGAAUAUUCCCAAUCUAACUCACCAGAAACAACAACCUAUGCACCGACGCGUGGUACUGUUGAAUAUUCCCAAUCUAACUCACCAGAAACAGCAACCUAUGCACCGACGAAUAGUACUGUUAAAUAUUCCCAAUCCAACUCACCAGGAACAACAACCUAUGCACCGACGCGUGGUACUGUUGAAUAUUCCCAAUCCAACUCACCAGAAACAACAGCCCAUGCACCAACGAAUACUAUUGUUGAAUAUUCCCAAUUUAACUCACCAGAAACAACAACCUAUGCACCGACGCGUGGUACUGUUGAAUAUUCCCAAUCUAACUCACCAGAAACAACAACCUAUGCACCGACGAAUAGUACCGUUCAAUAUUCCCAAUCUAACUCAACAGAAACAACAACUUAUGCACCGACAAAUAGUACCGUUGAAUAUUCCCAAUCCAACUCACCAGAAACAACAACCUAUGCACCGACGCGUGGUACUGUUGAAUAUCCCCAAUCUAACUCACCAGAAACAGCAACCUAUGCACCGACGAAUAGUACUGUUAAAUAUUCCCAAUCCAACUCACCAGGAACAACAACCUAUGCACCGACGCGUGGUACUGUUGAAUAUUCCCAAUCCAACUCACCAGAAACAACAGCCCAUGCACCAACGAAUACUAUUGUUGAAUAUUCCCAAUUUAACUCACCAGAAACAACAACCUAUGCACCGACGCGUGGUACUGUUGAAUAUUCCCAAUCUAAAUCACCAGAAACAACAACCUAUGCACCGACGAAUAGUACCGUUCAAUAUUCCCAAUCUAACUCAACAGAAACAACAACUUAUGCACCGACAAAUAGUACCGUUGAAUAUUCCCAAUCCAACUCACCAGAAACAACAACCUAUGCACCGACGCGUGGUACUGUUGAAUAUCCCCAAUCUAACUCACCAGAAACAGCAACCUAUGCACCGACGAAUAGUACUGUUAAAUAUUCCCAAUCCAACUCACCAGGAACAACAACCUAUGCACCGACGCGUGGUACUGUUGAAUAUUCCCAAUCCAACUCACCAGAAACAACAGCCCAUGCACCAACGAAUACUAUUGUUGAAUAUUCCCAAUUUAACUCACCAGAAACAACAACCUAUGCACCGACGCGUGGUACUGUUGAAUAUUCCCAAUCUAAAUCACCAGAAACAACAACCUAUGCACCGACGAAUAGUACCGUUCAAUAUUCCCAAUCUAACUCAACAGAAACAACAACUUAUGCACCGACAAAUAGUACCGUUGAAUAUUCCCAAUCCAACUCACCAGAAACAACAACCUAUGCACCGACGCGUGGUACUGUUGAAUAUUCCCAAUCGAACUCACCAGAAACAACAACCUAUGCACCGACGAAUAUUACUGUUGAAUAUUCCCAAUCUAAUUCACCAGGAACAACAACCUAUGCACCGACGAGUAGUACUGUUAAAUAUCCUCAAUCUAACUCACCAGAAACAACAACUAAUGCUUUCUUUUCUUCCACCCCAACAGGCAAAGUUGCGAUUGAACUGAUGCAGGACGAAAUUGCCUGCAACCAGGCUGACGUGUUGCAAACAGUCGCCCUUAAUGCGGGCUUUGGCAAUGCUACCACUUCAAAUAUUUAUAUUCCUGAUUCAUUUAAAGCUAACUUUACACCAAGUACUGAGGUCGUGUAUCUGCUUUGCGAGGGAUCGGAUUCUAACUUUGAAGUUGUUUCCACGAAGCCCUCGGCAGUGCGUGGUCAGGAAUAUUUAAUCAUUGAGGCCACCUUACCUCAGAACGGUUUGGCGCGGCACAAGUCCUGGUGCGAGGAUUAUAAAGAGCUAUGUCUCUCUUAUGGUCAGCGGCCUGUUGGCUGCGGGACGGAAUCGGGUGGAUCGUCUCACUCUGCAUGUCGGGAUACCUAUGAUGCAAUACUUCCUAGGGAUAACGCAAUAGGUUGUCCUUCCAAUUUGGGAGUAAUUUCUCUAGCUAAUCAGACUGGUUAUCUGAAUGCAAGUGUUAAUAAUUCAUUUGCAUUUUCCAUUUGUAACGAAUCGACUUGUACCAAAGACUACAGCAAUACUAUAGCAUUAUAUGCCCAAGUGACUACACGAAGUAUUGGACGAAACCAAUCGCUGUACACGUUGUGCGUGGGCUCAAACACUAGUUUCAUCGUGGAAUCAAGUAGGAACGUGUCCUACCAGGGGGGUGCGUACAAGAUUAUAAAAGCACGUAUACCUCCCAACCAUAUCUCAAAACAACAAACCUGGUGUCAUGAUUAUCAAUCUCUUUGUAACUCUUACGGAUGGAGACCGCUUAUGAUGUCACAGGAUGCUGACGUCGGCUGUGAACGCAAUCACGGAGCGAUAUCACCUACACGAGAUGAAGUAUCCAGUACUGAAAAAGUUGAAUACCUCGUGAAAACCGCGGGCUACGAGAAUGCCAAUGUUGGAAAUAUUUUCGCAUUUCUUGAAAAAUGUAACGAUUCUUGUUUUGCUGAUAUUUCGGAUUUUUCUUCGGCUACAGAGCCUGCGAUGAAUUUGAGCAAAAAUCUCAUAUCUCAAAACAAUGACGUCGUUUUCGCUGUAUGCAUAAACAGCGAUACAAAUUUCCACGUUUUGGACAGCAGCAGAAUAAAUUAUCAAAACCGGUCAUAUCUGGUUCUCAAAACAAGAAUUCCAUCGCACGGUGUUUCAAAAUAUGAAAACUGGUGUGUUGAUUAUCAACGACUUUGUGAUGAAUACGAAAUGAGACCUGUGAGUAUUUUAUCACGUGAAAGUAAUGCAGAAUCACGUGACAGUCACUUGGGGUCCUGUAUCCCAGACUAUAUGUCCAUUGUUGUUCCCGAGGAUAAGAACUUAACCCUCUUCACUCGCGAGCAGAUUUCAAUCAUGGUGAACUCAGCUGGAUACCGCGAAGCAUCACGGGAUAACUCAUUUGCAUUCAGUGAAUGUAAUCCGAAAUCCUGCCCUCGAUUUCUCGACUCAAAAUGCGCCUCGGGCUUGGAUUGUCUUUGGAACGAACCUCCCCAACUUUACACUGUAUGUACCGAUUCGAACAGCAACUUUAUAGCGAAACAAACUCGUCAUAUCAAGCACAAGGGAGUCCCAUAUCUCUUAAUCAGAUCCAGUAUCCCCGAAAAUGGCAUUUCAAGGAAUCAAAACUGGUGUUUGGACUAUAAAAAUCUUUGCAACUCUUUUGGUAUGCAGUCGGUUGUUUGUGAAAAUCCACAGAAAGUUUCAAUUUCGUCGUCCUCGAAUUGUAGCACAGAUUUCGCCAACACCAGCAACUCUUGCGAGUUGAAAAAUAUUGAUGUACUGAGGAAGCUAGUUGAUGAAAGUUUUAUUAGAAAUUCAAGCGUGUUUAUGCCUGCAAGAUGUGACAAUUGCAACGAGACUAUGUGGAAACCCUGUCAAAGCAACUCAAAUUGCCCGGAUAAAGUCAAAACUACCCUCACUUUUUGUACCACGUUACAAAGCAACUUCAAAGUCCUGGAAACUAGACAGACCGAUCACCAAAACGUACGAUUGACUAUUGUUAAAACAAAAGUUAUUUCAAACGACACUUCUUUUCACAAAAAUUGGGGAUACGAUUACAACAAGAUGUGCUUAUCGCUUGGAAAAAGACCAUUCUCUUGUCGCGAACCUGGUAAUACUAUGCAGUAUAAAAACCAAGAAGAAUACAAUACAUUUUUAUCAGAGGGUUGUUCUGACAUUCUAAAGCUCAAGUUGCUACCUAUACAAGCUGGUUUUUCACAAGUUAAAAAUGUUAUGUUAUUUGAAGGUUCGCUAAUACCAACAGAGGAACUGGUUUCCCGUAACCUUUCUAAAGAAUUUGCAGAAUCGAUCCCAAAGAAGUGCUGUAAAUGUUUGAAUUCCUCUGGUAAUGCAAAUCCCACAUCUGUCCCCGAAAAAACUCUGGUUACCCUAAUCCACAAAAACACUAGCUUUGCCAGGACCUGGAAAGCGUGCGUUGAGCGAGGAUUAGGUGCUCAAACGCUGACACAAAACUGUGGUAUGGCACGUGAUUGCUUUAACGACACACGAUUGGCUAACAAUACGUGCGAAGUGAUUUCAGAUUGUUACCACAACAACUGCACCGAAUGUUGCCCGUGUCACAUACACCAACUACACAUGUCGGGGUGCCCGGCCGGGAAAAAGUGUUCGAGUUUCAAUUUCAGCGAAGAAGUGUAUGCGUUUUGUUCCGAUUUUUCCGCCUCGAAUUUCGAAGUGGAAGAUGCACGAGAGGUGAUGUACGCUGACCAGUCGUACACUGUAGUGAAGGCUCAGAUACCCUCUCACGGUCAGUCACGAUCCAAGACCUGGUGCGAGGAUUAUAAGAUGCUCUGUCAAGCUAUUGGCAAACGCCCGCUUGGUUGUGGGAAGGAAUUUGAAAUUUUGAAACAAUCACGUGAUUGUCGCAUUCGUUACGACGCCAUCAUGAUGGAAGGGAUGUCGUGCCCAGGCUCUGAAGAGUUCGCGGCCGUCGCAAGGCAUGCCGGAUUUCCUGCUAGUGUUAACGAAAGUCUAGGGUUGUGGAACUGUGAAAUGUGCUCCAAAAAUUUCAGUGAAAAUUGGAACAGGACUUAUUCUCCCAACGGGACAAAUGUAACACAUUACAUAACGAACACUUCUUUUGACGUAUAUCUUUUAUGCACCGGAUCAAAUAGCAACUUUAAAGUGCUCGAGAAACGAGCUGUUCACCACCGUGGAUCGCCUGUUUCUGUUGUCAUGACGACCAUUCCUCAUCACGGAGAGUCGCUCCAUGAGAACUGGUGUGUAGACUAUUCACGACUGUGUCAAUCGUACGGUCUGCGCCCUAUCGGUUGUGGUAAGUCAGCGGACAAUAUCGAAGAGCAUGCGCAAUGCCGAGAUGGAUACAAUGCGUUAAUGUAUUCUGACGAUACCAUAGACUGCUUAGAAAAAUUCAACGUCCAUGAAAUUGCCCAAUCUGCGGGGUUUACUACCGCAACGCCACAAAAUUCAUUCAUAUUUAAAUCCUGUCUAGCUCAGCAUUGUACGAAGUUCCUACCCUCGGCAGAACAUCCCUUCACGCCAUUUAUGGUCAAUUCUACCGACCGGGUAUUUUACAUCUUGUGCGCGUCAUCAGAUAGCGCCUAUGACGUGAUUGCCACGAAACCGGUCUCCAUAGCAGAACAGGAUUAUCUGGUUAUACGAGCUGCGAUACCGGUUGAGGGACAAUCGAAACAUAUAAAUUGGUGUGAAGAUUAUAAACGACUUUGCGAGGGUUACGCUAUGAAACCGCUGACUUGUAAACACAGUAGUGGGGAGCAAAGAAAGUGCAUUUACAAUUUUGGGUCGAUAUCAAAGACUAAUUCUGAUCUCGCCUGUCCUGCAAAAACCGGAGUGGCAUCUAUUGCAAAACAAGCUGGAUUUGACCAUGUGAACGAUACCAACUCCUUUGCAAUGGAUUUGUGUGACGUGUCCAAGUCAUGCGUUGCUAAGAUGCCGAAUAUUAAAUGCGCUGAUAUCACCCACUAUGAUUCUUGGUUCGAAACGAACGCAACACAAGUUGAAUUCACCCGUGCAGAUUACAUUGUAAACACUACAAAGACCAUAUUAAAUGCCUUAAAUGAAACUGAAACUAUUAUUGUCCCAGAAGCACGACAUUGCUUGACUGUUCCUAGUCCCCCAAGUGGUGAGCCAUCAUACAAGAUCGAUGGUGAGAAAUUAACGGAUAUUUUCAAAAGUAACACAUGUAAGUGGAAUUUUGAUUUAAAUGGAUCCGGGGUUAGCCUUUUCUUCUUCAAUGUUACUGUGAAUCAAACAUUUGAGCACAAAAUACCUCGUGUCGAGACACGUUGUUGGUUCCCAAGCAGUAACUCUCUAGCAAGAAUGUCAGGGGAAGCUAACACCGUUUGUAUACGGUCCAGCAGCGACACUAGUUUCAGAGUCCAGAGUACACAUACGACUACAAAUUCUGGCAGGGAGUAUCUUAUUAUUCAAGCAAAACUAUUGUCCGCUGUCUCGAAGUCGAUAAACUGGUGCAUGGAAUAUGCGAAUUUGUGUAAAGCAUUUCAGAGUUCACCGUUGGCUUGUCCCCGAAAGUUUGAAUUUGAUACAGAUUACGUGAAAUGUUUGUCAAGGUAUGGUGCAAUUAUGAUGAGCGACGUGGACUACGCAUGUCCUUCUAAUGGCUUCGUCUCACAACUGGCUCGUAUGGCAGGAUACAGAAGAGCGAGUCUGUCUAAUUCUUUCUCCUUGAGUAACUGUAAUGAUGCUAAAUGCACGUCAAGGCUACCUUUAACUGGCUGCAGUGAUGCCGUUCAUUGUUUAAGUCAUGAAGUACUACAUGACCACGUGUAUACAGCAUGCGUAGUCUCAAAUUCUGACAGCAACUUCAAUGUGAUUGAAAAGCUGGAAAAAAGGUUAUAUGGUUAUGACUACACAAUGAUCCGUGCACGACUACCCGUAGAUGGCGCGCCUUUGUUUGACACCUGGUGUGAAGAUUACCAACGUUUAUGUCAAUCAUUUAACCUAAGACCCUUAUACUGUACUGGUGGUGGGUUAUCCGCAAACGACUAUGGUGUCUGUAAACAGAAAUAUAGCUCGGUUUUAAGUCGCAAGUAUAACUGCCCUACGGAAGUUUAUAGAAUGGCAAGGACUGCUGGUUUUGUUGGACCUUUGUCUAAAAACUCGUUCGCUUUUCAUCGAUGCACCAUGUGUUCUAAAAAUUUCCACGCCUCGAACUGUGACAAAGCUUUGAAUUGUCUAACCACUAACGUACCAUUACGAGAGGUCUACACGGUUUGCGGGGGGACUGAGACUGAAUCAAGCCUCCAACCGCUUGCUACAAAACUGGUUCGCCACGGUCGCCUAAGAAUUCGUGUAGUACAAGCGAAAGUGAUCAACCAAUCAUCCGCCGAUUCCGACUGGGGCAAAGAUUAUAAGAACCUAUGUGGCUUCUAUAACGAACUACCGACGGGGUGUGGAGUAGUUCCGGGCGAAAGUAGCCGCGGCGUUUCAGCCUGUGAGUCGAAGUAUAGUUCGUAUGUAUUACACGGCGACGAACUUGGUUGCAAUCCGAAUGACGUCAUAGCUAAGCUUGCACGGAAUGCUGGAUUUGUGAAUGCUCGCCCAAGUAAUUCGUUCGGAUUCUCGCACUGUAAUGGAUCGUCUGUGUCUCAACUGUCGUCCACUUGCCAUAGGAGUUUGCCGUGUCUAACCUGGACUCCAGAAAAUCCUAUAGUCUAUACAGUAUGCGUGAAUAAACUUAUCGAAAGCAACUUCGAAGUGUUGGGUGCUAAAUCGAUCACAUUUGACCAUAUGGACUACUUAGUUCUCCACGCUCAAAUUCCAGAGGACGGUAAAUCGUAUAAGGCUAACUGGUGUCAGGAUUAUAAAGAACUUUGUGUAAGCUACGAUAUGCUGCCCACAGGUUGCGGAGGAGAUAACACAAAGCACUCAAAUUAUUCUUCUUGUGGUGCACAAUACGGCUCGUAUAUGCCAGCCAAUGAUAUUCUUGGAUGUGGCGAUACUAAAAUCGUCAGCAGUAUUGCAAAAAAGGCGGGAUUUAAGGAUGCUAUCCCGGCGAACAGUUUUGUCUUUCAUGAUUGCGAUGCUUGUACGUCGAAGUUGACCAACGAGUGCGAUGGGGCAUUGAACUGUAUCAAUAACAUAGUUUGGCAACGACAAGUUUACACGGUAUGUGUUAAUCCUACGACUGCGUUUAAUGUCCGAAGUACGUCGCCCACAAUUUUCAAUAACACAAACUAUUUGGUCCUUGAAGCCAAACUACCAUCUGAUGGACGAGCUAAGUCGGCGACAUGGUGUCGGGAGUAUGAAAAGCUCUGUAAGAGCUACAAUGCUCGGCCUUUAGCUUGUCAUGAAGAGGAUAAUUCUAUGGGAUGUGCAAAGAAAUAUACUGCAAAGGAAUCCUCGUUUUCGUGUGAUGGAAAAGACGUCUCGAAUAUCGCUCUACAGGCAGGAUUUUCAAGUGCAAAACAAGGCAAUACGUUUAUUUUAAAUAAUUGCAACAGUUGUUCUAAAGAGCUACCCUCGUCUGGGUGCGAUGGUGCACUAUCUUGUAUUAAUUCAAACCCUACGGAUUAUGUUUAUGUUAUUUGUACCAAAGAGACUUCAAGUUUUAAAAUUCUGGAUUCGCGGAAAGUGUCUAUCUCUGGCGCCGUUUAUACUGUUGUGUCAGCAUUAUUGUCCGAGCGUACGUCCACUACGUGGUGUAAGGAUUAUUCUGAACUCUGUCAUACUAUUGGUCAAAGUCCGGCUGCGUUGCACUCGGGCGUAGUUACCGAACAACUUCUUAAAUGUCGCGAUGACUACGAUGCUGUGAUACAGACGUCUGAUAUUGAUGCUGCACAUCAGAUGGCUGCGCAAGCUGGCUAUAGUGAAGCUGAAUAUGGGAAUACGUUUGCAUUCAAGGGGUGCUCUUACGAAAGCUGUCAAAACAGUCCAUAUUCAUAUAACUGCAGUAGCUCACUGUACUGUCUUAAUGGUGUAACUCGGAACGUUUAUGGACUUUGCAUUGAAAAUACACAAGCAUCGAACUUCUAUGUACUUGAGAAUAAGACGUUAUAUUCCAACGACACUACGUAUGCAGUAUUGAAAGUUCGCAUCCCAAUGCAUCGUCUGUCCAAGUUUGAGAGCUGGUGUCGCGACUACGAACGGUUGUGUCAUGCGCACAACAUGAGGCCUUUAACCAGCUUGUCAAGUCGGGGAUGUAGCGUUGAGUAUUUUAGUAUCUAUGCUUCAAAAUUCAGCCCUGGAUCGUUGAUUAAUGUUGUUCAUCUUGCUGGAUUUCCAAACGCAACGACAAGUGAUAUAUAUUCUCUUCAAAAAUGCAGCGCUCAGGAAUGUGGUAGGCAGUUUGAAAUACCGCAUUGUGGGUCAUGUACAAAGUCAGCCAAUCAGCGCAGAGUAUUCUACGCGGUCUGUGGUUCGUUGGAUGAAAACUUGCAGACAAAUUUCGAAAUCCAAAAUAUCCGCGAUGUGUGGUUCGACGCAGCUUUCUUGGUCGCCCAGGUGAGGAUCCCUUUACACAGACAAUCGAAAACGGAAAAUUGGUGUCGUGAAUACCAAACAUUUUGUAAAAGUUACGAUCACCAGCCCUAUACGUCGAAAUCGACAAUCGAUGCCUGUUCUUGGAAAUAUAACGCAACAAGCUAUAGUACGGUUAUUUCGCCGGGAGCUAUUGUGGAACGGGCUGGUUUCAAUGCCUUGACUCCAGCGUGUGUGUCUAGUCUCUACGACUGUAAUUACUGUGGACAGAAGUUGGAUAGCGUCAAAUGUCCUUUUGAAGAUUGUCAAGCAGCAAUGGAAACAUGUGAUGACUUUUAUAUUAUUUGCACAUAA